CGUGAAGCCGAGAAGAGACGCCGGACACAUAUUAGUGUUGCACCGCAGCGUCCGACAGCAAAACAAAUCCGACUGGAGGUUUUUCUGAAUGAAUGAAAUCAACACGUUUUAGAAAAGCGUGUCUGUUAAAAAGUCUACAUGCUAACAUGCUAAUAUCCCUUAAAGCUAACAGCAGCGUCUCUGACUGACAGACCUCCGACCCGGUCUGGUUCGGUCCCAGCCGGUCCCGGAGGUAUGCAGGCGGAGUUCCGGGCUCCUCGGAGACGACCCCGGGUCUAUGAGGACUACGAGGCUCCGCUGCCGGUGAGCCGCAGUCCGGAGGAGAGGAGCGACUUCCGGGCGGAGCUCAUCAACCAACACGUGCUGGUCUGUCAUCAGGACCACAUCCAGAAGAUCCACAACCAGGGUUAUUUCGGGAAAGGGAUCCUGUCCAGAGCCAGACCAGACCACAGCAUCUCUAACCAAUGGGAGCAACACGAAGGUGUGAUGCUACCUGUCAUCUCCCAGUCCAGGUCAGUGACAUCACAUCCUGUCUGUGCAUUUACAUGAUGACAUCACAUG